AUGUUUAAUUCGAAAAAUCUAUAUAAUCCGUCCAAAAAAUUAAAUAUUAAUGUAUCUACAAAUUCCAAACAAAUAACAUGUAAAUUAUUUGUUGGUAAUUUAGCUACACAUACAACAAGUACACAUCUUCAAUCAAUUUUUCAUACAUAUGGACAAAUAAUUGAAUGUGUUAAAGUACGUGAAAGAUACGGUUUUGUUAGAUUUUCAACAAAUGAAGAAGCACAACGUGCUUUAAAUGCUUGUAAUGGUUUACAAUUAAAUGGUUAUCCAAUGAUUGUUGAAUAUGCACAAAAUGAAAUUCUUAUAAGUCCUAAAUCACCACGUACAAUAUCAAAUCGAUAUAAUAAUACAAAAAAAUUAACAACACCAAUAAAUAUAAAUAAUGAUGAUGUACCAUUAUUAACAAUUGAUUCAAAUAAAUAUUCAUCAUCAAAUUUAAAUCCUGAUGCAUCAUCAUUUACAUUAACUUGUUCAACAAGUGAUUAUUAUUCACAAUCAGAUCGACCAUCAAGUCGUUCAUCAUCAGAACGAUCAAAUUGUUUAUCACCAUCAAUACUUUCAGCAACAUUACCAUUAUCAUAUUCGGAUGAUGAUGAGAAUGAUGAUGAUGAUGAUAAUGAUGAUAAUAAUAAUAAUAAUAAACAUCAAAAGAAUAUUGAUGAUAAACGACAAUCAUUAAAUAUUUUUAUUGGUGAUAAAAUUCUUAGUUUAUAUGGAUCAAAUAUUGAUGCAAAUAAUAAUCAAACAUUAAUAACAUUUAAUGGUCGUGAUAUUGAUCCCCGUGAUCCUAUAUUUAUAUGGAAUUUUGUCUUUUAUCCUGAUGUAUCAAUAAGUCCAUUUGUAAAACGUUCAGAUAUAAAAACAUUACUUGAACGUCGAAUUUCACUUUAUUCACAAUAA